AAAGUAUACUAUGCAAAUAAAUGAGUUGGAGGGACAGUUUUAUCAAAAAGCCAAAGAAAUUGGCAUGAUUCAGACAGAGUUAAAGACAAUAAAACAAUUCCAGAAGAGAAAAAUCCAAGUGGAAAAAGAAUUAGAUGAGAUUGUAAAUUCUUUGAGCCGGAAAUUUUGUAUUCAUUGCAAAACAAGAAGCACAACAGCAUUUAACUAAAGACUGAGGGCAUCUUUUUCUUAAACCUUUGCUGGCUGGUGCAUGCGCUCUGACGUUCUCGGCCCCAGCGACCGACAGACUGCGGCUCUGUAGUGACGUAGCUGCGAAUGACGUAGUAUCCCGCGCCACCCAGCAUCCCGUAGAUACUGCUAGCCGUUUCAGCGCUCGGAAGUCGAAGAUGGCAGAGCAAAUUUCUCAGGGAAAGUCGGCGGACCAGGUGUGCUCUUUCCUCUUCAAAAAGCCCGGGCGGAAAGGGAGUGCUGGCCGCCGGAAGCGGCCAGUGUGCGACCCCGACUCUGGGGAAAGCGGAAGCAGUAGCGAGGAGAGCUGCGCAGUGGUGAGACCAGAGAAAAAGCGGGCCACCCACAAUCCAAUGAUUCAGAAGACGAGUGGCAGUGGUAAACAGAAGGCGGCCUACUGUGAUCUGAGCAGCGAAGAGGAGGAGAAGACCGAGAAUGAGAGUCUGGGCGUAGUCUACAAGUCCACGCGCUCGGCGAAACCGGUGGGGCCGGAAGAUAUGGGGGCGACAGCUGUCUACGAACUGGACACAGAAAAGGAGAAAGACGCACAGGCCAUCUUUGAGCGCAGCCAAAAAAUCCAGGAGGAGUUGAGAGGCAAGGAGGAUGACAAGAUCUAUCGUGGAAUUAAUAAUUAUCAGAAAUACAUGAAGCCCAAGGACACGUCCAUGGGCAAUGCCUCCUCCGGUAUGGUGAGAAAAGGCCCCAUCCGAGCUCCUGAACAUCUACGUGCCACCGUGCGCUGGGAUUACCAGCCUGACAUCUGUAAGGACUACAAGGAAACCGGCUUCUGUGGCUUUGGAGACAGCUGCAAAUUCCUCCAUGACCGUUCAGAUUACAAGCACGGGUGGCAGAUAGAACGUGAGCUUGAUGAGGGCCGUUAUGGUGUAUAUGAAGAUGAAAACUACGAAGUAGAAAGUGAUGAUGACGAAAUACCAUUCAAAUGUUUCAUCUGUCGCCAAACCUUCCGAAAUCCAGUUGUCACCAAGUGUAAGCAUUAUUUCUGCGAGGCCUGUGCCCUGCAGCAUUACCGUACCACUCCACGCUGCUAUGUUUGUGAGCAGCAGACCUAUGGGGUCUUCAAUCCCGCGAAAGAAUUGAUUGCUAAACUGGAGAAGUAUCAAACAGCAGAGCGUGGUGCUUCCAACACCCCAGAAGACCCUGAUGGAGUCUAAUUACCGUCACUUAGGUUUUCCAUACUUGUCAGAUCUCAAAGUACUUUUUGUUUUGGUCACCUCAAAAACCAACCAACAUUGAAGGAAUAUUAAAUUUUCCAGGAAGAGUAUCCAAGUUUUGUUUUAUGUAACAAUGCUGCAGAUUAAAUCAGUACAGUUGACUUGUGGAACUCUCAGACUGCCAUCCUGUGUAUAGCUAUACAUUCUAAGUUAAAAUAAAUUAAUAACUAGUUCAUA